UGACAAAGUUUAGAGUUGCGAUUUGGGGAGCUGGCAUCGGGGGGUUGACGACUGCAGGCGCACUAUCUCGAUACCCGGACAUUGAGGUUGAGAUCUUCGAAGGUGCUAAGGAAUUGGCCGAGCUGGGGGCGGGAAUUGGUCUCUGGCCUCGUGUCUGGGAAAUUAUUCAGAAGCUACACCUCGAAGAGGACCUCCUCAAAGUAACGGAGCUGAGAGCGACAGAUGCCCCAGGCAGUUCUUUCCGGUAUCGCAAGAGUGACCGUCCAGAAGGGCUCGACUUCUACACCUUGAUCACUAAAGGGCAUCUAAUGGCCUUCCAUCGACCUGACUUCCAAAACGCUCUUCUUCGAAGACUUCCGCCAUCGUACCGGAUACAUUGCUCGAAGCGUCUCCGGUCGUACACCCAGCGGCCGGGAGGGCCUGUCACCCUGCUCUUCGAAGACGGGACGCAGACGACCUGCGACGUGCUCGUGGGUGCUGAUGGCUUAAAAUCCGCAGUACGACGCACGCUCCUGGGCGAGAAAGCAAGGCUGGCAGAGUCGAAGGGUCUCUGGUCCGAGGCCGCUGAUCUAACGGCGGUCAUUGAGCCUGCUUGGAGCGGGACGAACGCGUAUCGUGCAGUGAUCCCCGCUGAGCGAUUGAAGUCGCGGAGUCCUGGUCAUCGGGUCUUGAAGCAACCUACACAGGAUCUCGGAAAGAACGGCGAUGUCAUCGCGUACCCCAUCGCACACGGCACAAAAAUCAAUUUCGUCGCCUUCAAGUCUCAACACCACCUGGAAAAUACGAAGUUUAAUGGUGCUUGGGUUGGCAUCGCUGAUAGGUCUGAAUUCGCGAUAAUGUUCCGAAAUUGGGAACCAGAAGUCCAGGCUCUUCUUGAUGGUGUUGACAAGCCCCUGCGUUGGGCCAUACACACCGUCAAGCCUCUCGGUUCUUUCGUACACGGUAACGUGGCUAUCCUUGGCGAUGCCGCGCAUGCUAUGACACCCCAUCAAGGGUCUGGGGCCGGGCAGGCUAUCGAGGAUGCCUACAUUCUCUCCACUCUCUUAGGUCAUCCAGCAACUAACAGAGACACCAUCGCACGCGCGCUAAGCAUCUACGACCACAUCCGAAGACCAUUCGCGCAGCAAGUGCAGCUCCGGUCGCGGCUCAACGGACAGUACUUCACGUUCUGCGGCCCCGAGGUCGACUUCAGUUCGGUGCCGGAGCACGAGCUGCUCAAUCAUCUCGGCCAUCUCGGGAAGGCUUUCACCAAGAACUGGGACUGGUGUUGGACGACGUCGCUGGGCGACUCGGUCAAAGAGGCUAUCCGGUUGCUCGAAACCUCAUAAC